CUUGGAUUUAAAGAAGAUUUUGAUUUUACAAGCAAACAAUCUAGUAAGAUAGAUAAUAUACUCAAAGUAAGCCUAGAUCUUUGUGAUGAUAAAAGUAUUUACAAAAUCAAAUAUAAAGAGCUCUAUAUAUUUUCUAUAAGUGAAG